AUGGAUUCUGUACUCGUAACAUUUAAUACAGAAAUGCUAAUUUACAGAUCAUACAGUACAAGAAUGCAAAAGUGUACAGUACUCAGUAUCAGUACCAGGAGUGGUGGAUUGAAAAAACAACAACUAUUACAAAAUCGGCCUCUUUUUAAACUGCUUGAUGUUCAUGAGAAGAAAAUUGAAGUUGAAAAGAGAACAACAUUAUGGUUUUCUGAGUUGGAAAAAGUUUAUCAAGAAGUAACAAUGCAAUUAAAUACAAAUGCACAUAAUAAUCAAUUCACUUUGAAUUUUGUAUUUUGUAUGAGAAAUUUUUGGAAUAGACUUAUAGCAGAAACUGAUUAUAUUAACAAACCUAAAUCAACAAAAAGAAAAAUUGGGACAUUGGCACAACUUGGAACAGAAAAUGAAUUGGGGAUCAAUAAAAGAAAGAGAAAUUUGUAUAGGAAACUUAGAUAG